AUGGAUUUAUUUCCUAUGUUGACUGAUGAAUCGUUAGACGAACACCCUGAUAAGCGUGACCAGGUCAUUCCCGAAAUGUUCGCCCUAGCCCUCGACUUUAUUCGAGAGACCAAGCUACCUGUUAUCCUUUCCUGUCAAUGUUUUGGCUCUUUUCGGCAUGAACGCUGGGGCUCAUUCGCCCAUGACAUGAUUCCGAAACUAAGCUCGUCGAUGGUCAAUGCCGAGCGCCAAACGGUGUUUGGCUUCCAUUUCGAGGAACACUUUAUACAUUGUGUUCAAGGGUUCCACCCUGCUAGAUUGUAUUACGCAGAUUAUGAAAGGGAAGAGAAAUUGGACAAAAUUCUGCGUCAAAUAUUUUAUUCUUUGUUCGAGCCGUGCGCACUAUGGCAAAUCUGGCAAAACAAGAACCUGGAGAAAAGCCUGCGUCGCAAAAGCGAGUCUAUCCAAACUUUGAUCAAACAACUUCCCCAAAAUGCGGCUGAAUAUGAUGAACUGCGCAUAAGAGGACAUUCCUUGAGUAUGACCCCGCAUCUCGGGUGUUCAAUUACAGCUGAGAAAUGGGAUACUCCAGAGAAGGCACUGAAUCUGAUCGUUCAACUGUUGUCCCCCAAUACGUCCCAGGAGUCACCUGAGUAA